AUGCUUGUUGUGAGUUUCCGCUCGAUAGAGGCCACCGCUGUGCAGGCUUCGACAUGGGUUGGCUCAGCGAAACAGUUUGAGACGCUGAAGGACCGAUGGAUCACGGGCCUCCCACAGUCAGUCUGUGCAGGGAUUUUCACGCUCAAAUUCGCUCGAUCGAUUUAUCCCAACGAACUGCUUCACAUCCAGCAGGUGAGGGAGGUUCGGGCGAAGGGCCCGAGCCACUGGCGGCAGCCGCCCAUCAUCGUCGAGCUGCGCGAGAAGGCGAAG